GCACUGCAUCGGUGUUAUGAGGACUGGAGGACAGCACGGAGAAAACGUAGAAGCGGCGCAAUUUUUUUACACGCCGAGAUUUGGUUCCACCGCUGCGGCAAAACAAAAAAAACAACAACAAAAAAAAACAGCGCUCCCGACGCGGCAGAUACUAUGCCUGGCUCAGCGUUAAUGUGCCGGACGUCUACCUGACAGGCCUGGCCGAGGUCUGAGCCGUUACGAGGGAGGAGAAUUUUAUUUCUUCUUAUGGGAGAAGCAUGCGGGAAAUGGUCGGGGGCUGCUGCGUGUGUUCAGACGAGCGAGGCUGGGCUGAGAACCCGCUGGUGUACUGUGAUGGACACGGCUGCAGCGUCGCCGUUCACCAAGCGUGCUACGGCAUCGUCCAGGUUCCCACAGGCCCCUGGUUCUGCAGGAAGUGUGAGUCACAGGAACGAGCAGCACGAGUAAGAUGUGAGCUGUGUCCCCACAAGGAUGGAGCUCUUAAAAGGACAGACAGUGGCGGCUGGGCCCAUGUUGUGUGCGCGCUGUAUAUCCCUGAGGUGCAGUUUGCCAACGUUCUCACCAUGGAACCCAUCAUCCUGCAGUAUGUCCCACAUGAGAGAUAUCUCAAGACGUGUUACAUAUGUGAAGACCACGGGAGGGAGAGCAAGGCGGCCUGUGGAGCCUGCAUGACCUGCAACAGGCAGGGCUGCAGACAAGCUUUUCACGUUACCUGUGCUCAGAUGGCAGGUCUGCUGUGUGAGGAAGAAGGCCCAGAAGCUGACAACGUUAAAUAUUGUGGUUACUGCAAGCACCACUACAACAAAAUGCAGAAGAAGUUGCGCUCCAGUGAAAAUCCAAGUAGCUCCUUCAGUCAUUCCGGGGGGCGCUCCAGUUCUCCAUCACAGGAAAAACAUCACCACCAUAAACAGAGGAAGAGUCACAAAGACAAGAUUCGUUCAAAAGAGCGGCACAAGAAGUCUGCUGACAGUCUGAGCUCCUCCAUAACAACAAGCAGUAUAGAAAAGAUCUCCUCCACACAUCACAGCAGCAAGGAUAGCGAAGGAAAGUCAAAGAAGCUGAGCUCCCACAGCCAUGGUCAUCGCAGUAAGAAGACAGAAAGCAUCGUAAAAAGCUGCUCUUCCUCCUCAUGCUCCUCCAGCCCGUUCAACACCGGCGGAUCUCUGUCAGCAACUCAGGAUUUCCAUCAGUUCUCAUCUUCCUCCCGCCUGGAACGCGAGCAUGACCGCGGAGGCGAUGACCACAAUGGAGAGAAGCGUAAGGAGCGCCACAGAAGGUCUGCUGUGCACGAGGAGGAGGAGGAAGAGGAGGAGGAAGAAAAAGAUGACAAAGAUGAGGAGGAGGAGGAAGAAGAAGAGGAGGAAGACUCUAAAUACAAAAAGCCGCCUGCGUUGACCCCUGCUGAUUGUCCAUUGGCUGCGUCUCAAAGUCAUGAGAGGACGGAGAGCAGUUCGAGCCCCUUCGAGAACAAAGUCACCAUCUCCACCUUUGGCUCAAUCAUGCGCAUCACCUCCUCUUCCGGGUUGGGCAGCACCUGCAAAAUCCGCAAGAUCUCUUCCUCGAGCGAAUACAAGCCCUCCAAAUCCCUCUCUAAGCCGCCUCAGGUCACUGUGCCUCCCGUCUUGGAGGACGCUGGCCUGAAAGACAAAAUCACGCCCCCGCCGCUGCCCCGAGAGAGGAGGCACCACAAUAACAAGAAGAGUCGCCAUGGCCCGGGGCGCCCGCGAGGGAGCAAGAACCGAGAGCGGAGGGAAGAGGACCAUCACCACCACCAUCACGACUCCACAGCGCCACCUCCCCCAGCCUUAAACUCAUUCUACCAGAUUCCAUCAUCUGUGCCCAACCCUGCUUUUCCGUCCACACUACCUCCUACCUCUUCCGCCUCUUCCUCUAUCGCCUGCUCCUCCUCUGCUAGGAGUUUUUCUGCAGGUCGCAGCAACUCUUUGCUCGGCUCCGGUAUCUACUCCAGUCUCAAGGACCCUCUCACACUGGGCGGUGGAGUCUGCAGCACUCCUCUCUCCCUCAGUGGAGGAGUGUGCAGCACCUCGUUGUCCCUGGGAGGGGCAAUGUGUAGCACCGCUCUCUCCUCAGGACUCCUUUCAUCCCACGGCUCCUCGCUCUCUCUUCCGUCAGUCGGCGCCGUCUCAAACACACAGGUCCAUUCCGGUUCCAGCACCUCCUAUAACCUGAACUCCUCUCAGCCUUUUGCCAGCUGUCUCUCCACAGCCUCGACACUGCCGCCACUACUGAACCAAGGCCAGACCUCACUGUCAGAGUCCGACAUUGAUGACUGUCGCUUCCAGUGUCAGGGAAACUCGCCGAGAGAAAGUCUUUCCUCACAGUCUCCCUUGAGCUGUCUUCCUCUUCUGUUUGACCAGAGAGAUGGGCUGGGCUGUGGAAUCAAAGCCCGUCCUGAGAACGUCCCUCCUGCAAGCUCCCACAUCGAGCUCCUGCUGGAGAAACAUGGAAACGGAGAGAUGGGAGUCAACAUUGUGGAGAUGUUAAAGUCGCUGCACUCACUGCAGCAAGAGAACCAGCGCCUCCAGGACCAGAUCCUCAGCCUGACGGCUAAAAGGGAGCGGCUGCAGCUGCUCAACACGGACCUGGCUGUCCCUUUUCAGCCCCACAUUCACUCCGGCUCGGGCCUGCACUCCUCUCAGAUCAGCUUUCUGUCAUCUUCUCAAGACCCCCUGAGCACCAGUAAGAGUCCCGUCUCCAAAAGCUGCUUCCUGAAUGACACCUCCUUUGUUACCUCAUCAGAGGAGCUUCACUCUGGUAGCCCGUCCCGCAGCAGUUCAUCGCUCUCCUUCCAGGGCACCCCCCCUCCUCAACAGAGCCCCGCCUCCUUCGGCCAGCCCCUGCUGAACGGUUUGAGCCGAGGGGCGACCGAUGGUUUGGGGAGCAUCAAUCAGUCCGGCGGCUCUGCUCUACCAGUGGUGGGUGGGCUCAUGGCAUCCAUCGCAGGGAGUCCCCAGCUGAACAUGAAUGGUGUGCUCGGUGGUCUGAACGGCGUGAUCCAGUCUCCCAUACAGAGCGCUCAGCAGCCGGCGCUCCCAACUUUACGCCCCCAGCCACCGCCGCUCAACCCCCAGGCCCUGGCACAGAGCUUCCAGUUUCCCAAGAAUGCUAGCCCGUCUUCUCUUCUGUCUGAGCAGCAGAAGCAGCUUCUUCUCGAGCAGCAGCAGCAGCAGCUCCAGCAGUUCCUCGCCUCACAGAACUUCACACCGGAGCAGCAGGCAGUGGUGUGCCAGAUGCUGCAGCAGCAGAGACAGAGGGAGCUACAGCGCCUCACGCUGACGGGAGCACUCAACUCAACCCCCAACUCGCCCAUGAUCUCCCAGUCGCCCAACCUGUUGUCCUCGGGGACUGCGCUACCCCUGCAGGGGGGUCCGGGCGGGGGUCCCUUCGGUCUGCAGGACAACAUGCUCCACAAACCCGGGACAGCAGGAGAGAAGCCAGGAGACAAGAAUAGCUGAAGUUUUUUUCUCGUAGCUUGCUGUCCAGUUGGGGUGACAACAUCCUGUCCGAAUCACCGAUUUCUGUGAAGAUCUGGACUCACAAGACUCUCCCUCGUCUGUCCUCUUCAUCUGACAAACUUAUAUGAAUGUAAAACAUGACAUUAAGGUGAAGUUUGAGUUUAUUAUCAGAGAUCCUUCUAAUGGUUUUUAUUUUCUUUAUUUAGGCAGCUUUCAGAGAUCAUGAAUAUGGUGGUCUCCUCUUUAAAUUGCACUAAUUUGUUAGCUCGACCAAUGCUUACGAAGCUCACUGCUACAGGAGCUGGGUGGGCUUUUUAUUUUUGAAGUUUGAUUUGAAGCUCCAGAGUUUCGCUCUGACUUCUUGAGCACUGAGACCUCCCUCCGCCACGCAAUCCAGCGUUUCCAGUCAGUCCGCGAGGAAAACAGACGUCUGACACUUCUAGCAACCUCAGCUGUCUUCCUCGAUAUAUUUCGUCUUCCCGCUUGCGUUCACCCAGUUUCAUCCACAUCCUUUGAACUUUUCAACCUCUCGCUGGCACUUGUUAAGUAUAAGAUGUAGUCAAGUUGGUGUUUUUUUAGUGGCGUUUCCUCAUUAAGCUAGUUAUUACCUCAAACUUUCUGCCAGCUGUUCUCCGUUGUUUAUUUUGUGCAGUCAUUACCACAGCAGCCUUCAGUGGAUAGGAAUGGCCACCUAAAAACAAAACUGUGGCGUUCACUCGUUUUAAUGUAAUAAAAAAUAAAAGCGCCAUCAACUUUUAUUCCAUCCCACCAUUAGAGCUUCUACCGUCUUUUAUAUCCUUGUAGUUGCUGUCGAGAUUAAGCAGACGAAACCAAACAUUUGGAAAGGGAAUCAUUGGUUUUCCUGAACGAGUGUGCACUUUGCAUGUUUAGACAUCCACAGACUCCCUACGAAAGGACGCUUAGGACACCACAAACUGAAGAGGUUUAUGACUUGUGAUUAUUUUGCACUCUUGUCCUGAAGUUCUUUGUGUUACCUUCCCACAUGGAUAACUCUUACCUAGCUCUUCUUUUAGCAAUACUAGAUAGAUAAUGCCUUAAUAAGUGGUAGAUUUACAGGGGGAGCCAGCAGCUCACAGGUUGGCUCUGUCCUCUGUCUUUGAUAGGUUUUGUUUUUAUCUCGGGCACAUGGAGGGGGUUUUUGUUUGUUUUUCAAUGAACUACUUCUACUCAUUUAUACUUUUGAUAGCUGACUGAAGAUUUCAAACAGCUGAGAUGUGUUAAUAACCGUACAGUAAAGUGUCAAAUCUUUUUCUAUUGUGACCUUUGUGUUCAGAUCCAGAGCUCUUUAGUUUAUUGUUGUGCUUCAGAAGACUGAGUAACAAUGAUUUGUAGCACAUGUUGCAGUCAUAGAUAAGAGUUGAACUCUUGAUAUAGCAGAGUUUGAUGCGUAAUGUGACUGUUAUCGGCACUGAGAUGACAAUGAAACCCCGACGUAGAGGCUGACCUUCUCCCUCCACUCUGAUUCUCCAAGUGUAGCCUGUUUUACUUCUGUUUUACCAACGGAUCUCGUUCCCUAAUUCAAAUCUGUUAUCAGUUUCUCAACUGUACACUUUCUGUUUGCAAGUCUCCCAAACUAUCGAUGUUUGGUUUGCUUCACAGAUUCGGGCAGCUCCCUAGUUUGUGAGACGGUGCCUUGUAAAAAUAUUCAUUCCUCUUGAACUUUUUUCAGAUGAUCUGAAGUUACAACCAGAAACUCUGUUUUUGGGUUUUCUGGUAGAGCAACGCAAUGUAGUGCACUGGUGUAAAGUAAAACAUAAAGAAUAAAUUGUUUCAUUUAUCAAUUACAAACCAGCUUUACUGUUAAAUCUACAGGUGUGAGUUUCAACCAGCUUUGUACAUCUAGAGGCAAUUAGAGGAUCUUUGAACAUCAAGUUUCUUGGCUUUCUUCCUUCUCGUUCCUAAAGGUCAAAUUUGUGAAGUGCAUGAAUAAUACUUGUCCUGUCAACUGAUUCUCCUACCUGUGAUGCUGUUUGUUCACUGAUGUUCUCUAACAAACCUCUGAGGCCUUCACAGAGCUUUUGCAUUUAUACAUUCCACACAUCUGCACUCACGUAGGUGACUUCAGAAGACAGUUAGUUGCUGUGGAUUUAAAUAGGGAUGUCAGAGUAAAUGCACGCCACACUUUUAGAUUAUUUUCUUAAAACUAUGAGUGUUUUUCUUUCCAUUAAGGAACCAAUAAGGUGCAGCUUUGUGUUGGCCAGUAACAGUAAAAAACCCAACAUAAUACCAGGAGGUUCGUGGUUGUAACAUGACAAAACUUAAAGACGUUUAAGGAUCUGAAUACUUUCACCAGGCACUAUGCGUACUUGUAGCAGUUACAGAAGGCGAAUGUUGAUUAUGUUGUAUUAGCGUGACUGCAAGAUAGAGGUCUGUCAUUUAUAUGAUCCUCCUCUCAGCCAAGGAAAGGUUUGGACACAGAGUGGAGCAAAGGUUUCCUAAAGCGGUUUCUUUGUCAUGUUGCACUGGGGCCCUUGAGCCCAAAUGUAAAUUGUUUUUAUGACAUUUUUUUUAUUAUUUUAAAUUUUGUUGGAAUACAACUUGUAAACAUUUAAUAUGUUUAUGUAAAAACACAUUCAUUCCUUUAAGCUUUGAGGUUUGGGUAACCAACUUAUUCCAUGUUAUGAAUGUUGUACUGUGUAUCUUUUUAUGUAUUGCAACAUUUAAGCACCUGGCUCUAAAUGAGACUUUACCUAUUAGGAUAUGGAUUGCAUGAAAUGCAGUGAAGUCUCUCAAAUGUAUAGCUAAAUACCAAGUUAUAACUAUGCAUCAUUUAAAAUGCAUUGUUCCCUGAAUUAAAAAAAAGAUAAGCAAAAUGAGCACUGAAUUAUAAGAAGUAAAGCACGUUGUCGUCGUUGUACAGUGAUUUUGUUUGACAGAACUGAUCGAAACAAAUUGACAAUAUUCAGAUUUCAAAGCCCUGUAAAGUAUUUUGAUAUUUUUGUGUGUAUAAUUAAAAAGACAACUUUUUUGUCAAUAAAUGUAUUUUACUGAGUUGUUC